CCCGGGAAUAAAAUCCAAGAAAGAAGAACAUGUGACAGCAGCAGCAGAGGGUCCUUGAUGUUCUUUGACCCAGUCUCACCUUGCGUAAGAGAUGUUGUGUCCUUUCUAGACCACUCCACUCACAAGUGUUUAACUGAAGCCAUGGCAACAGGGGAUCCAGCUGUAUUCCAAGUAUCAUCUCAGGAUGCAAAGCAAAGAAACGAGCCCUUGGUGAAGGGCAUGGCAGCUCCAGAGAAGGCAGUGAUCACAUUAGAUGCCAUGAAGAUGUUAGAUCCAUGUCAGUUAAAACCUGAUAGCAUGGAGAUGGAAAGAAUCAUAACUGUCUUGGAUGAGACGAUUGCUAAGCUGGAGAUGAGCAGUUUGAUCCCACGUAUUACUGACUCUCUGGAUAGGUUUGCUGAUAUGCUAGGACCUGAGAUCACAAACAACCUGACUGAGCACCAAAAGCUUUCAAAUGAAAUGGAGCACCUGCUUGCCAGCUCUGAAGAAGAGGACAGCAUGAGAGCUGAGGAGCAACAGGGCUGUCUCUGCUUGCUAGAGCAACAUCUGAAAUGUUCUGUUAGAAAUGUCCUGAGACUCUUACUGGCCAACCCUUCGCUUUGCCAGGCUCUGAGGUAUGAAGCUUGGGCGAGAGAGUCACCAGCUGAAGCGUUUAUCAAAGCCUUUGGGGAGUUCAGGAAUUUCAUGCUUGAGAGACUCCUGACUAGUCCUGUGGAAGAGGAAGAAAAGAUCCAGUUCAUGGAAGCCAUCUCCCUCCAGAUUAAGAAAAACACAGAAGCAAUCACAGCUUUACAGGCAGAACUGGCAGCAGCAAUCCAGACUCAAGAGGAGGAGAUUCAGAAGAAGGACGAUGUAAUCAAAGACCUCAAAACCAGCCUGCAAGAUCUGGCCAAAGACUGCAAGGCCAGCAUCCAGCAGAUCAAGCAGGAAGGGGAAAAACAGCAAAAAGAGGAGCUGCAGGCCUCCCAGGCCAAGUGUGCCAGGCUACAGCAGGACAUUCAGCAGUUAGGAGCACAACUUAAUGCACUUGUACUGGAGCAUCGAGCAUCAGAGCUGGCUCUCAGAAAGAGGAAGUGCAGGCUGGAGAUGGAAAUUGUGAACUGGAUCCAGAAAUAUGACACAGACAUGGGAGAAAAACAGGCUGAGUAUGAAGAGGUUCAUGCUGCCUAUGCUGAGGAGAAGGCCCAGCUGUCCCUGCUGACAGAGAAACGUGCUAUGCUUCUCCAGGAGUAUUCCCAAAUUGAGGAGGAGCGGAGGAUACGUCAGGAGAAGGAGGAGCAGGCUUUGAAGGAGUUGAACACCAUGACGCUUGCUGCCACCCGCAUCCAGGCCUUCUGGAGAGGCUACGUGGUCCGGUCCCUCUUCAAGUCAAAAAAGAAGAGCAAGGGCAAGGGCAAGAAGGCCAAGAAAUAAAGCACAAAAUGCAUUCUCUUUCCUCCUGGCAAAGCUGCUGACUCUGCUGGGACUGAGCUCUUCCAGAUAAAAGCAUUAGAUUUCAGACAGCACUUGCAUUAAGGCCUCCAGGGCUGGGGCUGCCUCUCAUAGUUGGAGAAUACUGAAGCAGUGGCAUGAAGACAUGUAUUACCGUUUUAGGUUUGGCUUUGCCACCUCUGCAAGGAGUAGAAUGUCUCCUGAUUAAGGGACUGGGCAAGGACUGCAGGUUCCUGGCUUGUCUUCUUGGCUUUAGUCUCCUUGCUUCUGCCUUCCUUGUUGGGGCCCCAUUCUGUUCUUACUGAAGGUGGCAAUAAAAUAAU